GAGAAGUGAUGUAUCACAAAAUGGCUCUUCUAUAAAUACCCACCUAUGCUGUCAUGAUCUUACUCACAAAUUCUUCAUAUCUAUCUAAAACAAGUUCUCUCUCUACAAAAGAAUAUGGUCGACUUUCACUUUUCAGCUUCACUCGUCUUCUCCAUUCUUAUUCCUAUACUGUUCUUCGUCAUAUCCAAGUUGAAAACCUCAACUUCCAAUCCCACAAAGUUGCCGAAAUCCUACCCAAUAUUUGGUUCAUUCUUCGCAAUCUUGAAAAACAGGGAAAGGUACGCCCAGUGGACAUCAGAGAUCAUCACAUCCACACCCAAUCUAACUUUUACCCUCCGCCGUCCCUUCGGGCGGCGGCUGGUCUUGACGGCCAACGCCACCAAUGUCCAGCACAUCCUCAAGUCCCACUUCAACAACUACGAAAAAGGCGAUUUUUUCAGGAGCACUUUGAGGGACUUUCUUGGCGACGGCAUUUUCAACGCCGACGGCGAAAAUUGGAAGUUCCAGCGACAGGUUUCCAGCCACGAGUUCAACACCAAAUCCCUCAGGAAAUUCCUGGAAACCGUCGUGGAUUCUGAAUUGUCGGACCGUCUUGUUCCGGUACUGGAAAACGCCGCGGCCCACGAAACUGUGCUGGAUUUUCAGGAUAUUCUUCAGAGAUUUGCGUUUGACAACAUUUGCAAGAUCGCGUUCGGUUAUGAUCCUGGAUACCUGUCGGCGUCUCUGCCGGAGGAGAAAUUAGCCGUGGCUUUUGAAAAAGCUGUGAAGCUCUCCAGCGACAGGUUCGGCUCGUUUAUCCCUUAUUUCUGGAAAAUCAAGAAGUGCCUUAACAUCGGAUCAGAGAAGCAGCUCAAGAUUGCUGUCAGGCAAGUCCGAGAAUUCGCGAAAGAAAUAAUCAGGGAGAAAAAGCAACAGCUUGAUGGAAAAUCAGGCCUGGAAUCAUCAUCAGCUGACGAUCUCCUGUCCAGAUUCUUGAGCUCAGGCCACUCUGAUGAAGAUUUUGUUGCUGAUAUAGUGAUAAGUUUCAUGUUGGCAGGCCGAGACACGACUUCUGCUGCAUUGACGUGGUUUUUCUAUCUGCUUUCAAUUAAUCCAGAAGUAGAAAGCGAGAUACUGAGAGAGAUUAAAGAGAAGCAAGAAGCGACUUCAGCUUAUGAUGAAGUGAAAGAAAUGGUUUACAUUCACGCUUCGCUUUGUGAAAGCAUGAGGCUUUAUCCUCCAGUCCCUGUGGAUACAAAAGAAGCUCUGAGUGACGACGUUUUGCCUGACGGGACGGUGGUGAGGAAGGGGACGAGGGUUACCUAUCAUCCCUAUGCUAUGGGGAGGGUGGAGAAGGUGUGGGGCAAAGACUGGGCGGAGUUCGGCCCUGAGCGGUGGCUGGAGAGGGAGGAGGCGGCGGGGGAGUGGAGAUUUGUGAACAGGGAUUCGUAUACUUAUUCAGUGUUUCAGGCGGGGCCCAGGAUUUGUCUGGGGAAAGAGAUGGCUUUCAUACAGAUGAAGAGGGUGGUUGCCGGCGUCUUGCGGCGGUUUAGGGUCGUGCCUGUGGUGGUGGAAGGAGCGGAGCCGGUAUACAUAGCCGGUUUGACAGCAAAAAUGAAGGGUGGUUUUCCGGUGAGAAUUGAGGCGAGGGCUGAGGCGGCGUCUUGAUUUUGAUUUUACCCUGAUUAAAUUCUCUUAAGAAUGUCUUUACUAUUGAAUUCCAUAAUUAAUUAUUAUUUAUUUCAUGAAAAUCAAAUACUAGAUAUUAUUUUAAGAAUAUCAAACGACGAAAAUGGUACCAUAUUACUAUUAAGUU